GCGGCUUCCGGUAGGGCUGGUGCCUUUGCGCGGGGGACCGCGAAAGAAGGUGACCCCUUCCACGGGGGCGGAGUUCCGCUGGCGCCUCUCAGCUGCGAGCGAUGCCUGCGCUGCGAGGAGCCGGCGCUGCCCUCUCGAGCGCGGCUGGUUCCUUCUUCCGCCGGCUCGCCUCGCCCCAGAUAAGGAUCCGUUCAACUGCUUCAGCAUCUUCAGUCCGGCCCGUGAUCGCAGCCAAACAACCCUUUCAGGUGGACCUAGCAGCAGGGAAGCGUUAUGCAUGGUGUGCCUGCGGUCACAGCCAAAAGCAGCCAUUCUGUGACGGGUCCCAUAAUAGAUGUGCCCCGGAAUCUCCCCUGAGAUUCAAACUGGAGGAGGCAAAAGAGGCCUGGCUUUGUGGCUGCAAAUACACCAAGAACCCUCCAUACUGUGAUGGCACCCACAAAGAAGAUUUUGUGCAGAAAGCUGAUCUCCAUUCCCACCCACAGUUGUGCUGAAGGAAGGAGAGAUCUUCAUAUACAGGGUUUCAUAUACAGAAACCGACUGGACAAAUCAAGCAUGCGGUACAUGUAUGUGCAGGAUAGUCAAAGGGCAUCAAGGCUGAGGAAGAAAACAGGAAAAGGCAAGAGCUCUUCUGUCAUCGAGAUUUUUGUACGGUUACUCAGCUUCCUGGUCAGCUCACACAUUCCAGCAUGUUCCCACUGUGUGCUAAUGCAGGAAGCAAAACUCACGUCCCUGCUGUUCCUUGACCCACUUCCUAGAAGCUUGCUUUUCCCAGGAGCUUUUGACCUAUCCUAGAACUGUUCCUCACAGAGCCCUGGAGAACUUGUGUUGUAUCAGGAAGGCUUAGGAUGAAAAAAAAUGUUUCAGUGGAUUGUACUAAAAGGUUUUCAGAAAGUAAAAGAAUUGGGGACUUGGGAAGUUUGUAAGUAUUCAAGUUUUAUUGGCAUUUAAAAAUAAAUAAAUAAAGCACCACGGUUUUUUAAAAAAACCCAGUGGGAUUUUUUUUU